UUAAUCGUGGUUAACUUGUAUCACUGAAACGUCUCAUUUGUAUGAGUCGCCGCCGCGGGGCUGGCACCGGAUCUUUCUGAAGGUUUCCAGCCGAACAUGACUGAAGGUUUUUAGCCGUAUUUUCUCUGUAAAGAGACUUUUCUUCCAGCCGCGUUCAUUUUUCUGCACGGGAGACGUUUCAGCCUGAAAAUGAGCAGUUUAUUGGCGUGUAAGGAACCGUUUGGGAAAUUUGUCUUGGACUCGACAGCUGUUACAACAGCUGCCUUGACAACAUCAAAUCACUGGAAACAACCAUCCAACCACAAAGGCAGAGCAAGCUCUGAGCCCGUGGAGGACACAGACACCACAGACUUUGAGGCAGAAUUUUCCUUGGAGGCCAAUUAUCCAGUCCAAGUCACAGAUCCUCACGCAGAUGCCGUGACACUCCACCUGAGCUCCAUGCCUACCGGAUACCUGAGCCCCUCUCCAGAAAGCAGGAUAAGACAGCCAGUUGAAGAUGUGGAAGAAUGCACCUGCCCAACAUUUUCUUCACCGGACUGCCCCAAAGAACUGCAGAUCCUGAACAGCCCCUGUGAAAAAUGCUGCUGCCCUGCACCUCCUCCCAAGAUCAGCGACCUCAUGAAUGACAAAGACCUGCUGGACUUACUGCGGCUGAAAUUGGAUCCAAACCACUGCACCAUUAAAAACUGGAAGAACUUUGCGAGUCGCUGGGGGAUGAGCUACGAUGAACUGACCCUGCUGGAGCACCGGACCCAGGGCUCCUUGUCCCACAGCCCGACCCAGGAGUUCCUGCUGCGCUACAACCAGAAGACAGUCACCGAGCUGACGGAACUUUGCCGCAUCUAUCAGCGCAUCGACGUGCUGAGACUCCUGCAGAGCUGGAUAGAGAAUGACUGGCCAUCACGCUGGCAGCAGACUCACUGACCUGCCAGUAUAUUUAUAUGGUUUUACCCUUUAUGGGUUUCUCCUUUUUCAAGCUGACAACUUUUAGUAACUUUAGUAAAUUAAAGUAAAAAGAAAACAGCUGGAAACUGUAGAGAAUAUCAGAUAGUCUCAAACCUUAUGACCCUUUGUCUUUCAACUUUCAACUGCAGCUACAAACUAAAGUAAAUACAGGAAACAGUGACAUUUCUGACCUUUUCACACAGCCUGCUGUACAUUUCUGAGCUGGAAAAACACAUGCACAUUCAUAAAGGUGAUAUGAUCCAUCUGAGUUGAGGUCUGAUCAUACGGUGCGGGGGAUGAGUUGGCAACUCACCCACCACACACCAGCCUAAGCCAGAGCAUCACUAGUGUUGUUUAGCUUAGAGUUAACUUCUGAUUCCUCCUGCAGGGACGGCUUGUAACUUCUCUGGUGAAAAUGUUCUAAUUGACCAGUACUACAGUGGAUGAUAUUCAGUUAUUUACAUUUUUGAUAAAUUAACCAGAUGACUUUCCCUGACGUGGUCUGGAGACCGCUUUAUCUACUUGAAUUAUAGAACAUCUUUCUAACCUAAAAGCAUAUCUUUUUUUAUGGAAGAUUUACUGGUCAUCAAAUCUAAAACCAUUUGUUUGAUCAUAAAGCUGGACUAUAUGUAAGAUGAUCUGGAUGGAUGUUAUUAUGUAAUGCUGUUAUGAACAUAUAAAACGGAUAACAUAGUAGGAAGAUCAGUUUCAUUUUCUCUGCUGUGCAAGCAUCGAAGUGUCAAAGUGACUUUGAGCAAUAUUGUUAUUUUCCAGGUCUGUUGUUUGUUUAUUAUAUUAAAAAUACUGUGCAGAUAUUUGCUAAGGAAGCAGCAGCAGAUGACACAACUCACUGGAGGCUAAAGAAUAAGCCUAAACCAGGGUAAUGCCACAGUUCUGCUGGCUGUUUAUUUAUUUACAACCCCAGUUCCUAAAAAGCAGGGUCUCUGUGUAAAAUGUAAAUAAAACUGAAUGAAAUUAUUUCCAGAUCGAGCUAUAUUUUAUUCCCUGUAGAACAUAAACAGCAUAUUAGCUCUUGAAACUGAGACAUUUUACCAUUUCAUAGAAGUCUGCUGUCCA